AUGGCUCCAGGGAAUCUCACCAGAGUCACAGAAUUCAUUCUCAUGGGAGUCUCAGAUCGGCCACACCUCCAGAUCCCACUCUUCUUUGUCUUCCUGGUCAUCUAUGGACUGACUGUGGCAGGAAAUGUGGGCAUCAUCACCCUCACCAGUGUGGACUCUCACCUUCAGACCCCCAUGUACUUCUUCCUCUGCCAUUUGGCUAUUGUCAAUCUUGGCAACUCUACUGUCAUUGUCCCUAAAAUGUUGACCAAUAUUUUAGUAAACAAGAAAACUAUCUCUUACUAUGAAUGUGCCACCCAACUGGGGAUGUUUGCUAUUUUCAUUGUAGCUGAGGUUUUCCUGUUAGCAGUGAUGGUAUAUGACCGCUAUGUGGCCAUCUGUAACCCUCUGCUGUACACGGUGGUGAUGUCUCGGCAGAAAUGCGUUCUUCUGGUAUCCCUCACCUACCUCUGUGCGGCUUCUACUUCUAUUGUGGCAACAUAUAGUGUAUUCUCUGUGGCAUAUUGCUCUUCCAAUCUAAUAAAUCAUUUUUUCUGUGAUAGUGUCCCUCUGUUAGCAUUGUCUUGCUCUGACACCUACCUCCCAGAAACUGUGAUUUUGGUAUCUGCAAGUGCAAAUAAUAUUUUUUCCAUAACUAUAGUUGUAGUUUCUUAUUCCAACAUUGCUUUGGCCAUCCUCAGGAUGCAUUCAGCAGAAGGAAGGAAGAAAGCCUUUUCCACGUGUGCUUCACAUAUCACAGCGGUCACG